UAAGUAAACAUUUCACUGUAAGGUUUUAUUCGGUGCAUGUGACUCAUACAAUUUGAUUUGAUGUGGUUUUGAGAAAGACCAAUUCUACUUCUGUCUGCUUUACAUAGCAUGGUUGUGGGAAACCACAUCUUGUAGUUGGGGGAAGUUGUAACACGUUUGUCAUUCAGGUCUUGUACCACUGAUGGACUACAAGUGCAAGCUUAAGUGAAUAUUUAUGUCCUGCACCCCCCCCCUACAUCCCAUCCCAAGAUGAACAGCACAAUGCUGCCUCUGGACAACAUUACAGCCAACAGCAGUCUUUGUACAGUGGAACCCCAGCAUAUCUCCAUCACUGUUUUCCUCCUCCUGGUCUUCCUGGUUGGUUUCUUCCUCAACACUUUCAGUCUGUGGGUCUUCUGCUGCCGUAUACCACAGUGGAGCUCUGGUGCCGUCUUGCAGUUUCAUUUGGCUGUCAGUGAUGCUAUCAUCACACCAGUUGCACCAUUUAUGGCAACAUACUUUGUCAUGGGUAGCCACUGGCCCUUUGGAGCUUUUCUGUGCAAGUUGAAGAUUGCCCUGCUGAUCAUUCACUUUUAUGGCAGUAUCCUGUUCCUCACACUCAUCAGCAUUCAUCGAUAUGUGGCAGUGGUCCAGUUUAAACAAGGCUCCUGCAUGAAACGAAAGGCGUUUGUUCAGAAGCUGUGUGCUGGAGUCUGGCUGGUUUUGCUGGCUAAGGGGAUUGCCUGUUUCUACUUCUUUAACACAAGCCAAGUGGGAAACCGCACACAAUGUCUCAGCAUUCAUCAGCGAGAUUACAUUGAGACUUACUUUGCCAUCAACUUCGUUUUGCUCACCCUUGGGUUCCUAAUGCCUUUCUCAGUGGCAGUGACGUGCUAUGUUCAGAUAGCAAGAUCAGUGUCUCGUAUCAAUAUCAACACGUUUAAGGGCCGUGGUAUUAAGGCCAAGUCCCGUAAAAUGGUGGCCAUGUGUCUGGUGAUAUUUGGACUGUGCUUCAUGCCUUUGAACGUGAUACGCACUGUGGCUGUCGUGUUAAAGAAGUACUUUCCAGAACAAUGCAUCCUUCUGCAGGUGGAGACCUCAUACUAUUUUUCCUGGAUUUUGGCUGGAGCAAACUGCUGUCUGGACCCAUUGCUUUACAGUUUUGGAUCACACAAUUUUGUCAAGGCUAUUCAUAGGUCUCUCAGAAAAUUUGAUGUCAAGUUCAAAGAAGACCCUGCCACAAAUGACCAAAUCAGCUACAAUGCUGCUAUUGAUUCUCCCUCCAUUGUAUUAGAACACAUGUCCACACCCAGCAUUUGAACACAUCUUAAAUAAGGAUCCUCAUAGUAGUCUCAUCACAUUUGCUCAGUGUCUUCAUCAUCCUGAGAAAGUAUCGUUUUAUUAUCUAUGACAUAAAUAGUAUUCAUAGAAUUGACAUGGGACAUGUGAAGAAAAAAUGUAUGUACCAGAGAGUGAUCAUAAAUGUAUUCUUUAUUGAUGUGUAAUAAAGAUUAGAUACUGUAAUUGUAAAGCAAAACCUAUAAACAUGCUCUGUUUUAAACUAAUCAAAGUGUAUAUCAUAUGCAUGUUAAAAGGAAUACCUUUUCCACUGCAUUCAUUUGAAAAAUAUAUAUAUUUUACUCGGUUAUAAGCAAAACAAAUAAGUAAUGGGGGUGGGGUUGGAUGUUCUGUGGCUUAACGAUUGCAUAGCUGAUAAAAAAAAAAAAAAUGCUUCUCCUCUUUCUGUUUAAUUGUGUUAUUACCGCCUCAAGCAGGAAGUCUCUAGAGGUGUUAACAAAGUCCCGUUCUGAACAGCACGUGUGAACGAGGUAAUGCUUUAAGUCUUUGUAAAUUCUCUCUUCUUUUGGGCUUAUAAUAACAGGUUGUCUUUGGCAUGAUUAUAAGGAGGGUAGAGAGCGAGAUAAUUACUUACUGUCAACAACAUACAGUUAAAAAUUAACAGUCUAGAUAUUAAAAUCAUUAUAGUUUAAAUCCAGCAGUGCUGGAAAAAGUACCCAAUUGUCAUACUUGAGUAAAAGUAAAGAUACCUUAAUAGAAAAGGACUCAAGUAAAAUUGAC